AUGAACAAAAAAACCUUUUCAAAUCUCUUAAGCAAGGAAGAAUCGAAAUUUGAAGCUUCGGCGACAAAAUUUCGAAAACUGAAUGAAUCAGUUCGAGAAGUUUCAAAUAAGACGUUCGAUAUGCACGAUUUAGGAAAUAGUGAUCACAUAUCCAAUGUAAGCGGAGUAAGUUCAUCGUCGUCUGGUAGUCAGACAGAAAUUAUUCAGAAGAUGGUUGCGAUGGAAACCCGACAAAAAGAAAUAUUGAAAUUUUUAAGAAGUGUUGAAGGCCGUCUCACUGGAAUUGAAAAAUCACUAAAAGAUAAUAUGCCUGACAAAGCGGAAGUACAAGCGCAAAAUAAAUUGCUGCGCGAAUGUCACGUCGAAGUGUCAAAAACGCAACGUUCACUUAGCCGUAUUACUGGUGACUUAGAGGACGAAGAAUAUACAGAACUCGCUUCGGAACUACCCAUGACAUCGGAGGUGGAUGUGCGCUUUAUUGAAGAAAAACUUCUAAAAAAAGAAAGCACAGAGGUUAUGAUGCGGAUAAUGAUGAACGCAAAAGGCUUCAAAGGCAAUAUUGACGGCGUACUGCGAAGGCUGUUUUCAGAUGACCUAAUGUACCAUUACAAUCUAGAGGGGCGAAAUAACAAAAAAACAUUGUUGAAGCUUAAAUCCGCAGGGUUAAUUUUUGAUAUUUUUCCUGACAUGGAUAAAAAUGCCAUUUGCGAGGAGAUACGACGAUAUGUGGUCUUGAGCCACAAUAGAUAUAACCAAAAAAAAUACAAACUUAAGGCUGAAUUAGAAUGAAAAACGUGUAGUUCCAAUGAUUAAAUAAGCUUAUAUUAAUGUUUUUAAUUUGUUUUUUAUACUUUCGUAAUAUAUUACUGAAUAAAAAGUUUUGUUCACAUAACCGCUGUUUGCAAGACCUACAACUAUGAUCGGGAUGAUAAGAGGAGUAGAAAUACUUAUUUCCAUAUUAUUUAAUGUAUUAAUUAAUUUCAAUAUUUAGUUUGCAUUUUAUAAAAAAUUGAAUAGCGACAAGUGAAUACCUUUUUUAUGUACAGAGGUAGUCAAAAUUAUUUACACAUCGGACGUUUUUUUACAAGUUUCACACAAAAAGCUUUCGCUUGUUGUUGUUGUUGUCGCAGGGUAACAAAAUGCUAUGUUGUUGUAAGCCCUGAUCUAUUCCCGAGAGAAUGAAGUCGGUUUGGCAAGAAUAGCUAGAAAUAUGGCUGAGAAAUAAGCAAAUGAACUGAAGACUCGCAGUAGUCAAAAGUAUUUACAAACAGUUUUUUUGCAUCAAAAGUAUUUACACAUGGCGACUUAGCCUUUAUCCUUGGAUUUGGUUUAAGCAAGAGAACUAAUUGGAUUCUAUUGCAUUCAUAACAACCUAACUCAGCCUUACAAUAGAAAAAUUGGUAAAUAAAAUGUCGAAAACAAAGGAAUUAUCGAUUAUAACUAGAAUGGAGACUGUGCCUAAGUUUAAGACUCGGGUUUCGGCUUCGGAGUUGGUUAAAAUUUAUAGAAUUUGAUGGAAUACUGUUUAUAAUGUUAUUAAAAAGAAGGAGACGAACAAUUGCAAGGAUACUUUAAAGAGUACUGGGCAGAAACCUGAAAUAACUCCAAGAUAAUGUAGAAAUUUAGUAGGAACUGUCAUGCAAAAUCUCACAAUUAGUCCUGUUAAUAUUGCAGCAGCAUCGAAUCAGCAUAUUGCAUGAACAGUCAAUGAUGCUACACUGUUAAGGACAUUUAAAAAUAGUAACAUAAAUACCUACGUUAUGCAUAAAGUGGUCAAUAUUUCCGAAACCAAAAAAGCGAUAUUCCACUCAUUUGCCUUAAAUUGCAUCUUUUUCUUACUUCUGUUUUGAAGAUUUGGUACUAAUUUAGGGACCCUAAAUCAUCUGGAUAUAUCAGAAUUCACAUGACCAAGUCAUUGUAGUGGUCCGUCGGCCUUUUCCAACUAUUGACUACAUUUUACAACAGGACAAUGCUCCAUUUCAUGAAGGAUCUUUACCUACAAAAGUUUUAAAUGAAGCAAAUCAAGUUGACCUCCGCACAGCCCUGACCAAAACUUUAGUCAAAAUGUUUGGUCUUUCGUGAAAUAUCAGAGGACAAUUGAUAUAAUAACCGAAAACGCCGAAAUUACCGACAUUUGGUCUAAAUUAACUGUUAACUUAGCGCCCAAUUGUGCUGAAUCAAUUCGGACCAUAAAGCAAGCUGUUAUUGAUGCCAAUGGUAAUGUAACCUAUUAUGAAUCUAUCGCCUUAGAAUAGGAAUUUAUACUGAACAUUAAAAUUUGAUAAUCAUCAUUAAAAAACAACAGGAUAAUCCAUGUCAAGUUGUGUGUAAAUACUUUUGACGCAAAAAAAUGUGUGUAAAUACUUUUGACCACUGCGGGUCUUCCGUUCAUUUGCUUAUUUCUCAGCCAUAUUUCUAGCUAUUCUUGCCAAACCGACUUCAUUCGCUCGGGAAUAGAUCAGGGCUUACAACAACAUAACAUUUUGUUACCCUGCGACAACAACAACAAGCGAAAGCUUUUUGUGUGAAACGUCCGAUGUGUAAAUAAUUUUGACUACCUCUGUAA